AUGUCUGAGCCCCGACGGUCGACGAGGGCGCGCGCCCGCGAAGACGCCGCCCCGGCUGCCCCCGACACGCCCAACGACAAGCCCGCCAAAGCCGCCAAAGCCGCCAAAGCCGCCCUGAAGCGCAAGCGGACCAGCCUCGCCGUCAAAGACGCGCCGCCCUCGACGCCCGUUGCUGAGGGCGCGCCGCUGCCCCCGCGACAGACGCUGCCCCUCCAGCUGGUCGACGGCGCGCCGCUGCCCACACUGCGCGAGCCACAGCCCCUCCACCUUCCAUCGAGCGAAUGGCAGACGAUCCAGCAGAGCCGCGUCCUCGAGACGUCCUUCGAGCGCUCCAAGGCUGUCUGGCUGUCUGGCGCCAACUUCCGCACCUUCCAUGCCCACUUCAACCAGCCCAAGAAGCUGGCCGACCGCACCGACGAGGACAAGGCCAAGACGGCGAGACAGAAGGAGCUGCUCAAGAACUUCCCCCAGGUCGGUGCCGACCGGGUGAGCGUGAAGCUCGUCAUAGAGCCGCACACGCUGCCUAUCCGCCUCUACGGCCCGCGCGAGGUGGGCAGACCAGCACAGAAAAAGCCUCCCGCGCCAUCGCCCUAUGCUCCCUGGCCAAACCACAGCCAGCCCAACCAACACACCAAAUACCAGGGUGGCCAGCCCAUACAGCAGAAGCCCCAGCCACGCCCACCCCAGCCCCCCAAACCUGUCCAGGCCGCGCCUCCGCCUCAGGCCCCCGCAGCCCCCGCCCCCGAUCCCGUCAUACACAUGCUCGCCGCGAGAGCAGGAACAGAUCCCGAGCUGAAGGCUGUCAUGAAGAUAGUCGCCGCUGGCUCGGCAAGCAAGGAGCAGCUCGAGUUCUUCCAGACACACAUCAACGAAUUGACGGCGAUUCUGGCCAGGCAGAAGGAGGAAAAAGCGCCCAAACCAACUCCGCCAACGCAACCCCCCAAACCUACGCCGCCGCCGCCGCCUCCAGCACCGAAACACACAGCUCCUCCUCCGCUUCCCCGCCCAGUCCAGCCAGUCCAGCAGCCUCUGCAGCCCAGCACGCCCAAGCCGUACAGUCCGGUCCCGCCACAGGGACAGACGCAGCAACCCUCGCCUACACAACAGCCAUAUCCACCCUAUCCGAACAACUUCAGCAAACCGCCGCAAUACCACCCGCCGCCGCAGCUAUCGACCUACAACCCACCCCCGAGGACGACAUAUCGCCCGUUGGUCUUCAGUUUUGUCCAUGGCAGCGAAGACAAGUUUUACUUCCCUUCGUAUAGUUUCAUGGAAUGGCUUCCCAAUGGCACAGGCGCAAAGCUGUCCUUUCUCAUCACCAAGAUGAAGCCAAGGCCGGAUCCAGUCGUCAAACCUCCGUCUGCCUCUGCUCAAAACUUAAUGCCGACGCCGAUUCCGACUCUCGGUACUGCGACUAAUGCUAUACCUGACGCACCCCCACCGAACGCCAUCAUACCAACACCCAGCCCCACAAACCCUGCUUUUGCGUCCACACAACCUGCCGCAUCAGCCCCCUCGGCAACCUUCGUGCCGCCUAAACCGCCCCAGCGAAUCGAAGAUUUCGACGAGAUGAAUGAGAUAGACAACAUUGAAUUCUACCAGCCAGUUACUGUCCUUCUACUAAUCGAGCACGAUGAAGGCGACGAAAUCGCAAGCGCCUUGCCGCGCUCGAUACGACCACCGCAUGUCGUGGAGAAAUACAUGAACGAGGUGUUUGAUAAGUGCAAAAGGGCAGAGGAGACAUAUCUAGCCUUCAGACUGCCCAAAGACGGCGAUGAGUUGCCAGAGAAGAGGAUUAGGAGCGGCGACGUGACGCCUGCGGUUGCAACGCCGACUCAGGACGUCGCCAUGGGAGGGAUGGGUGGGUCUGCCAGUAGUAUGGCAGAAAAGAAGAAAGCUGGACGGCCUAAGAAGAGUCUUUACUUUCUCUGCGUCGACAUUCCCGACAGUAUAAAGUAUCUAGGCAGCGCAAGACCACGUCCUGUGACUGAAAUCAUGCCCAACCUCAAAGCCAUCUUUACAAAAGCGUACUGGACAUUUGCCAUUCUAGGCAUUGUCUGGGCCGCGUUUGUGGGCCUAUUGGUCAAUCCCACGGUACAAAGGCACGCUCUCUAUGCCCAUAAAUUUCACACGGGGUUCUACCACAACGUGACGAAUCCCGAAGAAUUCGGCUUUGCGAAGGGGCAAGUACAACCCUUUUGGCUUACUACAGCGGAUCAAGAGAAGCUCUUUUGCUGGCAUGUACUUCCUCUAGAUGUUUAUCUGGAGAAUGAACAUGAGCUUUUUACUGCUGCUGUUUCGGGGGAAGUUGCAGAGGAGUUGAAGGGAACGAUAGGAGAGAAGCUGUUGAGCAGCGACCCGGAAAGUAGGGUUGUGGUCAACUUUCAUGGUAACGCUGGCCACAUAGCCCAAGGUUACCGCCCCUCAACCUACCGCUCCGUCUCUGGCAUCCCAAAAACUCACCUCGUAACCUGCGACUACCGGGGCUUCGGUCUCUCCACGCUCACACACUCCCCGCAUAUCCCCACUGAAAGCGGUCUAAUAGCCGACGCCUUAAGCCUGAUUUCAUACAUCACCUCGGACCUCUCUCAUUCAAGCACACGCACCGUUCUCCUGGGCCAGAGCCUCGGCACCGCCGUAACAGCCGCCAGCGCGCUCUACUUCACCAAUUCCACCUCCGAGCACCUCCCAUUGGCCAUUACAUCCCCAUCUGUAACAUUCAAACCAUCCCGUAACUUUGAAGGUUUCGCCGGCAUCGUCCUAGUAGCCCCCUUCACCUCGCUCCCCCAACUCCUCAAGACCUACAAAAUCGGCGGCGUUCUCCCCAUCCUAAAACCACUGCAAGGCUACCCCAGGAUAGCAAACUAUCUAUCCACUCGCAUCGUCGACCACUGGCCCACCCUCACCCGCCUACGCGCCCUCAUCUCCACCGCCUCAGCCAACAAGUCCGGUUUCCACAUUACUCUCCUGCACGCACGAAACGACCAGGAUAUCACGUACUGGGAAUCUGAAGCGUUGUUCCAGCCACUGGCUACGCAAAUGUUGACGGAAGAAGGGGUUGUGGCGGAGGAGGAGAGGAGAACGAUUCAAGGGGCGAAUAGGGUCAAGAGGGGUGCUUUUGCGUAUAAGAAGGUCGAGGACGACAAGGGAGAUAGGAUGGUGGAGUUGGAGGUUGUGAGGUAUGGAGGGCAUAAUGAAGUGGUGGGGUGGACGCAGGUUAGUCUUGCGAUUAGGAGGGCGUUUGUGAGGAAGACGAUGAGGCCGGGGUUGGACGUUGAGUAG